AUAUAUACUCUUAAUAUAACCAUCUCCUCUCUGGGUGCUCGUUCAAUACUACUUUGACAAGAUGUCUGCCGCCGGCACGUAUCGAGGCACCCCGAACAAAACAAUUGGCCGAGGCAAGAUGCCCGACUUUGACUACAAUAGCAGUCCUGGUUCUCAUAUCCCUCGUCCCAAACCUGAGUCGGCUAUAAGUCAGAGCGAUGUAGGAAGUUCUGCUACUGCUGCGAGCAGGCAGAGACAGAAUCAAUCGAAACGAGAUGAGGCUAUUCGUAGGAAAAUGGAGGCAGACCUCAAUAAGAAGCGUCAUCACGUACAACGCCCUCGUCACAAUCGCAAAGCUCCUCCCGGAACCGUAUUGGCUUUGAAACCCAGUCAGGCUCUGCAGAUCAAGCCCAACACCACCGUGUCCGAGGCCGCACAGUUAAUGGCUGCGAAACGAGAAGACUGCGUUUUGGUCACCGACGAUGAUGACCGGAUUGCCGGGAUCUUCACUGCCAAGGAUCUUGCAUUCCGUGUUGUUGGAGCGGGCUUGAAAGCCAGAGAGGUGACAAUUGCUGAGAUCAUGACUAAGAAUCCUCUAUGCGCCCGCACUGAUACCAGUGCUACUGAUGCUCUCGACCUCAUGGUCCGGAAGGGUUUCCGCCACCUGCCUGUGAUGGACGAGAAUCAGGAUAUCUCAGGUAUUUUGGAUAUCACUAAAUGCUUUUACGACGCCAUGGAGAAGCUAGAGCGUGCGUACAGCUCGUCUAGGAAGCUCUAUGAUGCAUUGGAGGGUGUACAGUCAGAACUUGGGUCCAGCCAGCCGCAACAAAUCAUUCAAUACGUCGAAGCUCUCCGUCAAAAGAUGUCCGGUCCUACCCUCGAAUCGGUCUUGGAUGGCAUGCCUCCAACUACUGUAUCGGUCCGAACCUCAGUCAAGGAGGCUGCGGCCUUGAUGAAGGAGCACCAUACAACCGCUCUUCUUGUCCAAGAUCAGGGCUCUAUCACCGGUAUCUUUACUAGCAAGGAUGUUGUUUUGCGUGUCAUUGCUCCAGGUCUGGACCCUGCGACUUGCAGUGUGGUUCGCGUGAUGACUCCUCACCCGGACUUUGCGCCCACCGAUAUGAGCAUCCAAGCUGCUCUGCGCAAGAUGCACGAUGGACAUUAUCUCAACUUGCCUGUCAUGAAUGAAGCUGGCGAGAUUGUCGGCAUGGUCGAUGUGUUGAAAUUGACAUAUGCCACACUUGAGCAGAUCAACUCUAUGAACACUGGUGACGACGAGGGCCCAGCUUGGAACAAGUUCUGGUUGUCCAUGGACCAUGAAUCCGAUUCUAUGGUCUCUGGCGGUGGCAGUCAUCGCCCCCAUACUCCUCACCGGUCCGUACUCAGCCCCGACCCGUCCAAGCCUGGGUUUGAUCGCGGUGAUAGUGUACUUCCCAACGAGUCAGCUUCACAUCAUGGUGAUGAUAUGCAUUCGGAACUUCUGGAUCACCACGUCGACGAUGUCAACACCCCCUUCGCAUUCAAAUUCAAAGCGCCUAGCGGCCGUGUGCACCGUGUGAAUGUUAUCAUCUCGGAGGGUCUCUCUGCGCUUGUUGCAAGUGUCGUUGCUAAACUGGGUCAAGAGUCGGAAGCUGUUGGUGGUGUACCAUCGGUCGAAGAGGGGAAACUUAGCAGUACAGGAUUUGCUUUGAGUUAUCUUGACAAUGAGGGAGACACCGUUUCUAUUACCACCGAUCAAGAUCUUUCAGAUGCUGUUCACCAGGCACGAAAACUUCAUCAUGAGAAGGUUGAUUUGUUCAUCCAUGAUCCUUCUCAGCCACCAAUUCCUACCACCGUCGAACCUCAACCAGUUCUAUCGAAGCCGCCUACCCCUCCCGAGUCCGUCCUCAAAGAGCGUGCUCCUAAACACAUUGAGGAAGACGAAGAAGAAGACGAAGAAAAGUACAGUCGAUCAACAAGAGCGUCAAAGCAGCAGAUCCCUCAACGUCUUCCAGAAGAACAACUUAUUGCCGGAGUACCCAACGAUCUUUUGCUGCCUGGUGCUAUUGUCACUCUUGCCGCUGUAAUUGCCGGAGUCUUCAUCCUUAGCCGGGCAAGCAGUAGAUGAUUGUAGUUUCUGUUCGAAAGAUCUGUAUAGAUAUUUUCUUUUCAAGGGACUGUUGCCUUGUCUGUUUUUGUAGCCUUAAUUAAUAUCGCAUG